AUGGAUCUUGACGUCCUGGAGCGUAUACUUGAUGGAAGAGAGAAGCCGACAAAUCUAUCAUUCGAGCUUUUGAAGAAUAUCACAGAAAAUUUCUCAGUCGAUCGAGAAAUCGGCCAUGGUGGAUUUGCAACGGUUUAUAAGGGAGUGCUCCCAAAUGGGAAUGUCGCAGUAAAGAGGAUAAGGAACAGUCAUUCAAUCAAUGAGGCAUUAUUUUAUCGUGAAGUUGACAGCCUGUUGAACAUUGAACAUAAAAAUGUGGUACGGUUUCUUGGCUUCUGUGCUAGCACAGAUCAAACAGCCAUACAAAUCGAAGGAUCAAAACAACAUAUUUACGCGGAGGUAAGAGAAAGGUUACUCUGUUUUGAGUAUAUCAACAAUGGAAGCCUGCAAAAAUAUAUUACUGAUGAAUUAAGGGGACUUGAAUGGAAUACACGUUAUAAAAUAAUUAGAGGCAUCUGUGAAGGUUUGCAUCAUCUGCACAAGGAAAGACAGAUAUAUCAUAUGGAUUUGAAACCCGACAAUAUACUACUAGACAACGAUAUGGUGCCGAAAAUCACAGAUUUUGGUCUAUGGAGACUUGAUGAGAAGUCAAAAACCAUGAGUGAAGAACGUCAUGGAUCACUAUGA